AUGUUGUAUUUGUGGGUCCGGUGACCGACAUCGCUGGUCGUCCGGUCGUGAAGGCGCCGGAAGGCACUGGCAUGGGGUUUGCUCGGUAUCUGCACGGCGUCGGUUGGUUACCUUGACAGCGAUGGAGAAAUCGACUUUAUCCUCGGCUGCUAACAUGGCUGGGGGAUCGACUGCUCCCUUGUGCAAUUCAGCGAUGCGUGCGACACGUCCGCCACGAUCUUGACGAUUUACUCCAACAGCGAACGCACUUGCCUGCACUACCACGGCGCGCCUGACGAGCUCUUCGUGACAGACAAGGAGUUCGACAGCAUACUGGAUUGCACUUAACUCCAACACAGCGGCACGGGUCUGCUGGAGGUGGUGGCCAAGGGCCAGAGUCCUCGUCUACUCGACGUAGUCAAGGCGCGUGGCGUGGUGACGUGCUUCGACGUGAUUCGCCCGAACAAGGGCACGCACGGCAUCAUGACGCCGCUACCGCUUUAUGUGGGCUACUUCAUGCCCUAUCUGGAGGAGGUCGCCUACAUAGCCGGUUCUCACGCCUCCAUUGAAGUGAAAAACUUUUUUAUGCACAGCAUACGUGCCUGCAUGCUGAAAGACGGCGCGCGUAGCGUGUACCUGAUCAAGCGCGACAGAUUCCAGCGUGUGUCAGCCUGUGUGCUGCAGUCGUUCGACUUCACGGACUGAGGCGACACCUACUGCAGCGGCUUUAUCGGAGGUCUGGUGCGUUGCUUGUCGGAGGUGGAGGGUUGCCGAAUUGGCUCCGUCGUCGGUGUCCUCCUCUCGAGCGGCUUGGGCUCAGACGCUGCCGUGAUGAGCUGGGAGGAGCCGCUGCAGUACAUUGAGAGCUACGACCGAGUUGGGUAA